AUACUAGAAUGAUGUGGAUGGAAACUGCAAAGAAAGACUUGCUAAUAAGGGAAUCGGAUGCCGAUAGUGAUAGUAGCGGUGAAGAGUUGCCAAUUUGGAUUAGAGGUGAACAGCGGUGGGUGUCCGGGGUUGUUGCUGAAACUACGUGCCAAGACAUCGUUUCCGUUCUGUUAAGGGACGAAGAAUCCAGGGGUCACUACGUAAAUGAAUCGGAACUUUACCACAUCACAGAAAGAUGGAGAGGCGUCGAACAGCCAUUAGAUCCACAAGCAGCCAUUUUAGAUAUUUGGAACGCGUGGGGUACAGCACAACCAGAGGUAAAAAUCUCCCUAAGAAGAAUAAAAGACGAGAGGUAUCUAAGUCGUAAAAAACGUUGCAGAUCAGACUCAAGUACACGCUCAGAUAGAAGUGCUUACAAAACAGUUCAUCCACGUCGAUUACACGCCUUGCAAAGUGAAAAACAACCGUCGAGCACAGAGCAACUAAUUAAGUUAGUUUUAGCGCAAGGGGAGGUGAUUAGGAAACAGCUCAGAAAAUUAAGACACAGUGAGCAUCAAAUCGGUUACCUAGAAGAAAAAACACACAAAGCGAGGGUUAGGAAGCACGGAAGUAAUUAUUUGUUAGAAACUUAUCUUAAGGGAUUAUCGGAAGCGGUCGAUCCGAAUUUGGAAGAGAAUCCUAACGCUGACAGGCAUAGUGAUAGUGGGGUUGUAACCGAAGGGGAUAGUGAGCAAUCUAAUCAUAAUAAACAGGCGUCUUCCGUUGAGAAUGAGCGUUUUUCACCAUCGUCGGAAGAGCUGCAGAAAGAUAUUAAGGAUGAUGACACCAGCUCAAUCGAAAGCGAAACGACUUUGAAGGCACAAUCAGAAUUAUUUGAAAUGAUUUCGAAGUUAAACAAAAAACUGUUAAAAGAAGAGGAAUGCCUUGUUAGGUUACACGCAAACAUAAAAAAGUACGAGAAGCAGAAUAAAAACUGCACGGACGAAAUCGGGAAGGCACUGUCCAACUUGCGAACGGAAAUGACGAAAAGUGCGUGUGAGAUGCAACACAACGAAAUAGUUCUUGAGGAAACUCGGGAAAAGUUGUCAAGUAGAAAAUCGUAUUUAGAUAAUUUACAUAAGGAUUUGAUAAACGAAGAACAAGAGUGUGAGAUGUUACAAGCACUUCUAUAUAGUACAACGCUUAGGCCACAGAAACGAGAGUAUUACACAAAUUAUAAAUCACAUUAUACCAAAGAAGUCUUAGAUACCUUAGUUUGAUAAAUCAGUUCAUUUGCUAUACCAAAUAUUAUGUACCUAACCAUUAAAAUUAAGUCAAUAAUAUUUAAUCGUGUCACGUGA